AUGUCAUCUCCACUAGAGUACAUCUUUAAUGAUGCUCUGUUCUGUUUUUCUCCAGGGGUGAGCCCUUCCAGACUCCGGAUAGGAGAUCAAGAGUUUGAUUCAUUGCCUGCUCUACUGGAAUUCUACAAAAUACACUAUUUGGACACUACAACGUUGAUAGAACCAGUUUCCAGAUCCAGGCAGGAAAGUGGAGUGAUUCUCAGGCCAGAGGAGGCCGAGUAUGUGCGAGCCCUCUUUGACUUUAAUGGGAAUGAUGAAGAAGAUCUUCCCUUUAAGAAAGGAGACAUCCUGAGAAUCCGGGAUAAGCCUGAAGAGCAGUGGUGGAAUGCCGAGGACAGGGAAGGCAAGAGGGGGAUGAUUCCAGUCCCUUACGUCGAGAAGUAUAGACCUGCCUCCGCCUCAGUAUCGGCUCUGAUUGGAGGUAACCAGGAGGGUUCCCACCCACAACCACUGGGUGGGCCGGAGCCCGGGCCCUAUGCCCAACCCAGCGUCAACACUCCGCUCCCUAACCUCCAGAAUGGGCCCAUUUAUGCCAGGGUUAUCCAGAAGCGAGUCCCUAAUGCCUACGACAAGACAGCCUUGGCUUUGGAGGUCGGUGAGCUGGUAAAGGUCACGAAGAUUAAUGUGAGUGGUCAGUGGGAAGGGGAGUGUAAUGGCAAACGAGGUCACUUCCCAUUCACACAUGUCCGUCUGCUGGAUCAACAGAAUCCCGAUGAGGACUUCAGCUGAGUAUAGCUCAACAAAACAGUUCUGCUGACAUAUGGGAACAAUCUUUUUUUUCCCCUCCCCAACUGCCCUCUAUACGGUUUUCUUACAGCAGUCAAACAAGAGCAGUGUAGUUUAUGCAGGCAUUCUGUUACCUGCGAUCCUUUUUAGAGUGAACUACUUCAGUCCUAGUCAUUGCACCACGUUCAGGGCACGACGCUGGAAGGCCGGGUGUUCGCUUCUGCGUUGCAGUCGAGGCGGUAGUGGCUGGACCUUUGCGGCUCAGAAGGGACCACCCCCUGGCAAGCCAUGCACCCCUGCCUGUGGAACACUGGUGGCAGGAGAUGAGUGUGCGACACACUGCUUGCCUGAUUGACCCAAGUGGUUUUUUUCAUUCUGAAACCAGGUAUCAAAUGGCAAUAGACUGUUCCUUUCCACCCCCGCGAAGUAAUCGUGCACCCCGUGACUAGGACCCGAUGGGAUUGCUUUUUCAUUUAUAGAACAUGCCUGUUGUGCGACUCAUGCUGACAUUUCAGACCCUGAGAACUGAGGACACUACUAGAGGCAUUUGUCUUCCUUCCUGGUCAAUGCUUCAUACGUUUUCUUGGGAUCCUUUUAACCCAUGACUUUCUUUUUCCCCACAUACUACAAGUCAGUGAACUCUUAAGAUAGAAGUGUCUAUUUUUAUUCCAGAGGAGGAGCAGGAUACACGGAGCACUUUACUCAGUGCAUAGCUUUAAGCCAGGGUUGGAUUCACUAAGUAGACAGCCGAAUGCCCAGCUCUCUGCCUCCCCGGGCAGAGUCGGUUCCUGCUGCUCCGGAAGUCACACAGACUCCUGGCCGACAGGACCUGCAGAGCCUUUUCUUCCGAGUGCCAGUAUCCUAAUAAGGGACUCUUGGAAUGCUUAGAUUUCAUGUGGAGUGGGAGGACCAAUCAGAAUAGUCCGUGGAAGGUUUUGGGGCCAAAUUCUGCCCUCUGCUUUAUGUACAACUUGUAUAAACGUCAAGUUAACAUUACGUGAGUGUGGAGGGUAGGACGAAUGCUUUGAAAAGUGUCGGAAUCAAUCAUGAAUUACUGACGUAUUACUCAUUUUUCAUGCCCAGAAUAGUGCUUGAAGUGCAUUAACAUAACUGCCAUAAGUUUUUUGGCUGUUUUCUUUCUGUUCAAGCUGAGUUUACAAACCCUAAGUGUGGAAUGGUUCAUAUGGGGUCAGGUGCUCCAAAGAAUAAUAGACUUUUGAGACCAAAAAACAAGAAACAAAAAGAGGUGGCGGGCUCUGUAGACUGCCGUGUAAACCGCUCCAGGCCAGGCCCCGUGUAGAAAGGCACUCAGUGGUAUGGUAGGACCACAAGACACAGACUUUGCUUUGGUCCUUGUUUUAGAAGAAUAAUGUUCCUUUGUCGUUGUUUUGCUUAGGUGAAUAUGCUCAUUUUGCAUUCUUUGAACACGUACCAAAGCAUGGUGUCUCGGUGACUGGCACAGUGCCUGGCAUGCAGUCAGUGUGCAGAUGUUUGUGUAAGUGGGUGAGGGGGUGUGUGCGUGCGUGUGCAGAAGCCAUCAGCUGGCACAGGAUCCCAUCAAUUGCCACAAGCAAACUAAUGAGUUGACGCCAAUUUAAUACAUUUUUACCUCACACUAAGGUAAUGUUUGAUGGAGACAUCGCUACUCAACUUUAAAAAUGUUAACCAAGUGCUGUGCACACAGUGGGUGCUCAAUGAUGAAUGAAUUGUGACACAAGACUUCAUCCCACCUGAAUUGCUCUGUUAAUGUGAGAACAGAGAUGUUCUACAACCCAAAUACACUUUAAAUCAUGUUUUCCUGAAAGUGUGCCAUCUGAAACAUUCGUAGAAAAACCUUGUCACACUGAUUUGAAUGUUUGUAUUUUCUCUUGGCUUUGACUUUGUUAUUGGCUUGUGAUGGCUGGUUUCAUCCUCUGCGUACUAGUGGAAUGGAGCAAACAACUCUAGCCAAUUCAUCAGAAGCCCUUUCUGAUCGGUUGUCCAGAGCCGUUGGAUUGGAUUUGGCUAUGUGACAGUUGUUGGACCUCAAGAAAUACAAGGACUUACAAGUAUCUUCCAAGAGCAAAUACUAGAAUCCUAUUCAAGUGCAUAUGUACAUUGCCACAGAGCAAAGUAAACUGAAAUUGGCUGCUAUAUUUUAUAUAACCGUUUCCGCAAAAGCCUGUUUUUUGGAUACUAAUAUUUGACAUGGUUAAUUCUUAUUAAUUUGUUGGAAUUGUUUAUUGUUAAUAAAUGCAUAUAGAUAAUUUUUAAUUAUCCUCAAGUAACAGUUCACUAUUAAUGGUUUGAAGUGGGUGAUAAACCAAUUUGAAAUAAAAUAUGAACAUGUGCCAUUGUAUUAUAACACUAUACACUUUCUUGACAGUUAAAUUUUUAAAAAAUGUUUUUUGUAGCAUGUAUAUGUUUAUAGUAUAUGUAGUAAAUAAAAACAUGGCCAGA